UUAAGAUUUCGACCGGUUGCUUUGCUUCCCAAGGCAACGGAUGUGACGGGCAGAGCAGUUCCGGAUGUUUUUUUACUUCUUGUUUAUGUUCCGCUCGUUUUUUUUCCUCAUGACGUCAGGGCAAGGGUGAACACGAAACAUGGCGGAGUGCCCCUUAGCCCGCUGUGCCCAAGAGCGACGUGCCUUUCGAAAGGAAUUUCAACGAUGGAGUCGGGAUAUGCUGUUUGUCAUUGGCUUGGAGCGCGUGGCCGAGGAAAUGAUGGGCUCGAAGCGAUGGAACCGGAUGACACAGCUCGAAAACGCCUUGGAGGAGCAAUUUCAGCUCACCGACUGGGUGCCGGACCAAGUGUGCUACUUCUGCGACGCGCAACGCUUGCCGGAGCCUCCCGGACCACCGAGCGACUAUUCUAGCUUUAAGAGUUUCCAAAUGGACCUUGACGAACAGUCGACAGGUUCUGAUCAGGCUUCAGGGUCACCUGAGCCCCCGGACGAGCAACCACUGGACCUGAGCUUGCAUUCCAGGCCCACAAACCAAGAUGAGGAGGAGAUUCGUGGACGAUCUGCUCGGCCCGAGGGGGGCAAGCGGUCGUACACAGAGGCCGAACUUCAGGCAGCCCUGCGUGAUAUCCAGAGUGGCAAACUGGGCACGCGGCGUGCUGCCGUAAUUUAUGGCAUUCCCCGCUCCACUCUACGCAACAAGGUUUACAAGCUCGCCCUGGAGCGACGCAGUGGCACGACGGCCAGCAACAACAGUGCCCCCGACACGCUGCGCCAACUACUGCGUAGUACCCCAGCCAAGCCACUUGAGCACAGCCCAGCCCUGGGGCCCCUAUUUGCCCAGUUCCUGUCGAGCAUUCAACAGCUGGCACUGCACCCCACAUCUGAGGAGCAGACAGUGAACAAGGCGCCUGCACUACCUGUGGUGUCCGACCUGAUCCGGCUGCUGGCACACGAGCGACUGGCCGAAGCACGACGUCCGGCUCCUGCCGAUGUGAUCCUCAAGGUGCCAUCAUACCGGCCUGCCGCACCCUCCACUGCGGCCUCGAGCAGCUCGUCAGAGGCCACUUCUGCGCCGCCGACUGAGGAAAAACGCACGCGUCCCAAGCGGGGCCGUUACCGCAACUACGACCGUGACCACCUGAUCCAGGCGGUGCACGCCGUGCAGCGGGGAGAGAUGAGCGUGCACCGUGCGGGCACCUACUUUGGUGUACCCCACUCGACGCUCGAAUACAAGGUCAAGGAGCGCCAUCUGCUCAGGCCCAAAAAGCGCCGCCAGCCUGAUGGCCUGCUCGAGGCGCUCAUCAAGUCUACACUGGACAAGUGACACCAGUGCCUGGCCGGAAAGCGUCCCUCAUGAUAAGCUAGUCUACUCUGUGAUGACCAUGGCGAGAGAGAUAGUAUUUUAUAUCAGACUGCUGUUGAGCCAACUGUGAUGACGGCGCUUUCCGGAUCUCGUGCCUCGGGGCCCAGGGCCCCUGCCAAGUGCCUGCCCGGUGUACUUAGAGAAAGACUAUUUUUCCAUGCAGAGUAUUUUUCGCAUAAUUCAGGCUGGGCGGCCAGUGGACUUAACCGCACUGCCAUAUCGCGCCCAUUCCACACUUAGUGCAAAGCCUAUUUCAGUUGGUCCCGCUGACCCUACACAGCGGCGGUCACGUUUGUUGUUGCUUUUUAUCAUAUGUUUACUGUUUUGUUAAUUUGUCAGAGAUGUUUGUUUCUUGAUUUUUUUCUAUUGAGGAUAUCUACAUGCCAUUGUAUUUUGAGAUCCCCCUAAGUGCAAGAUAUAUGGCUGGUCUCUCAUUGGCAGACACCACUGUACAAGAAAGGAGGGAUCAACAUUCCAUCUCCUUGAGUGGCCAAGUCUGUAUUCAGAAGAUGAUUAAACUAAGUGAUUUUUUUUCUCUGUUCA